GAGAUGUCUAAUUACGGUCUGAUGUUUAAGUAUAUAAUCAUAGGGGAUACAGGUUUAAUUGUUAUGCAAUGAUUAGGAGUAGGAAAGUCUAGCAUCCUUUUGUAAUUGAUUGAAAAUGAAAUCAGAGAGUAACAUGAUGCCACAAUAGGUGUUGAAUUCGGAGCAAAAAUCAUUAAAGUGAAUGGGAUGAAUGUAAAAUUGUAAAUAUGGGAUACUGCUGGUUAAGAGAACUUCAGAUCUAUUAUUCGUAGUUAUUAUCGAUCAGCUAUUGGUACUGGAAUAUUAUAUGUGAAGGAGCUUUACUGGUGUAUGAUAUUACGAAUAAAAACUCGUUUCAUAACCUGCAAAGAUGGAUGGAAGAAAUAAAAAAUAAUGGGAAUGCCAAUAUGGUAAUUGUGCUAUGUGGUAAUAAGAUUGAUUUGGAAUCUGAGUAAUUAGCAUUGAUUUUAUGUAGAGGCGAGCAGUAACAUAUGAAGAAGGAUGGUAAUAUGCCCAAUCACAGUCACUGAUCUUUCUUGAGAUAUCUGCCAAGUAGGGUAUCAAUGUGUAAUCAGCAUUCUAUUAAUCAACGCAAAGGAUCUUGCAGGACAUUGAUGAUCAAAAAAUAAUGCUUGGAUAAGAUGUAAUGAUAUUAUUUCGAUAUUAAGCCAGGAAUUAAGAUUGGGGGAUAGUAUAAAAAGAAGGACAAAGAAAUACAAGUAAUAAACAGUUACGAAGAGGCUGUUUAGUUGAAAACAAUAGAUACUCCCAAUGGAAAUAAUUGUUGUUGA